CGCAACGUUCAUAUUCCACACUGCACACCUUGGCCAGGUCCACAUUCACUUGCCAGUCAACAGAUAGCCAUCAUGUCCUACAGCCACGUCCAAUACAAGAGGAUGGGUUCUAUCGAUAGAUCCCCAAUUUUGUCUGGAGGAGGCUACAAUAAGGUGGUCAGCACAAGAUACGCUGGCAGUGUCUACGGUGGUGCUGGAGGAUAUGGCACCAAAAUUUCCACAGGUCCAAGUUAUGGCUCAGGUGGCUACAGCAGCAGCCUCCAGCUCAACACUAACAGCGAUGUUCUGCUUUCCGGGAAUGAGAAGGAGACAAUGCAGAACCUGAAUGACCGCCUGGCAACCUAUCUGGACAAAGUACGAUCCUUGGAGAAGGCCAACUCGGAGAUUGAACUACGCAUCAAAGAAUGGCAUGUCAAGAAUACCGGUUUUGUAGAACGCGACUACAAUAACUACUACCAGACAAUUGAGGGCCUGAAAAAUCAGAUUCUCAAUACCACAUUGGACAAUGCUAGAAUCCUGCUGCAGAUUGACAAUGCAAAAUUAGCUGCAGAGGACUUCAGACUCAAAUUUGAAACUGAACAGGCUAUGAGAUUUGGAGUAGAAAAAGACAUUGCCGGUCUUCGGAAAGUGAUUGAUGACCUCAGCCUGACAAGAGCCGAACUUGAGCUGCAGAUCGAGACUUUGCGAGAGGAUCUGGCCUACCUGAAGAAGAACUAUGAUGAGGAGGUUCAAAUUUUCCGCAGCCAAACUGGAGGAACAGUCAAUGUGGAGAUGGAUGCAGCACCUUCUUUGGAUCUGUCCAAGGUCUUGAAUGACAUGAGACUCCAGUGCGAGACAGUGUGUGAUAAAAUACGCCAAGAUGCAAGAGAUCAGUUUGAAACCAAGAUAGAAGUGGUAAACAGGGAGAUCGUAACCCAUACAAGUGAACUGGAAGAUACCAAGACUCGUAUCACGGAGAUGCAUCGCAGCGUACAAGGCCUGGAGAUAGAGCUGCAAGCGGAACAGAGCAAGAGAGAUUCUUUAAGUGCCAUCUUAGAUAAUAUAAAUGCUCAGUAUGCUGCAAAUCUGGCCCAGAUACAAGGAACUAUUAGCCAUAAAGAAGCUCAACUGAUACAGAUACGAACAGACAUGGGACGUCAGGCUCAAGACUACGAGCUUCUUCUGAAUGUCAAGAUCCGUCUAGAAAUGGAGAUCGCCACGUACCGUCGUCUGCUGGAGGGGGAGGAGACAAGUAUAACCACCGUUGACGAGGAAAAGCUACAAGAGCUGCUGAGAACUCGCAAAAUAAAGACUAUCGUAGAAGAGGUGAUUGAUGGGAAGGUUGUGGCCACUGAAGUUAAAGAAAUCGAAGAGAAGCUACCAAGCAUAAUGCAAGCACAUCAAAAGUGAAAAUAUAAUAUUGAUAUAUGUGCCAGAAACUAUUAGACAGUUUGCGAAAAUGACUUGACAUGCAUUAAUAAAUAAAAAUCUUAAGAUAUGUGUA